AGAAGACGAGGAUUUCAUCGCGAGGAUUCACAGGAUGUUGUCACUGGGAAAGGCACGCUGGUGAAUAUUGACGCGUGAGCGUAAUCCGUGUUAGGGGAUAGCAGCUUAGUCGUACGAUGAGUGAAUGAUCACAGGUUUCUUGUUGGAUGUCGUAAGGCGGUGUUGAGUUCAAUACUCCUGUAUCAGAUUCGGAAUUCGAAGGAGGUUUGAAUAGGAGUUCUGCAGUGGAGACAUCUUACUGAGGUGGUUGUUUUGAAUAACAUUUCCAGUGGAUGAUUUUGAAGCAGUUGUGAAGAGAAGUACCAUCAGGAUAAAAAGGCAGUGUUAGUCGCGAGUUGCGGUUUGUGGGAACAUCUUGAUCUGGAAACAGUGUUUGUUAAGUUAGUCGCCUGUCAACAUUACUUCAUUGAAACAACUGACCGACACUCACUUUGUUUAUUAGUAGGGUAAUUGGUCUGCUUAAUCCAGUAUUUCUGAUACCUACCAAAGGAAAAGUUACUAGCCAAAUGCCAUUAUGAAAGAAGAGGGACUGUCAUAAAUAUCACAAGGUAAUAUGCUAACAGCUUUGGGAGUGUGAAGCAAUCUUGCCGAGCUCAAGGGAAAUGCAGUCACAAUAGACUAGAUAUCAAAGCCUUCUUUUAGAUCUGAAGGACUGGUGUAGAAGUUUCCUGUCUAGCUAAGAAGGAUGAAGACACCUUUGUAUUCAUGAGUUCUUUUGUAGAUUCCUAUAGAUCCAACGUGCAUUGAAAGUGAUAGCUCUUGAAAAGGAUCGUGCUAGCACACCCUCAGAGAAAGGAGAACUUGAAGAUAUUGGUAAAAAGAGUCUAUGGCUUUGUACCGUUAUUUGGUACUGGGUUCCACAUUGUCUGUCUUGUUGUGCGUCUGGUCAAAGUCUCAUCCCUCCCUGUCUAGCUAAGAAGGAAUAAGACUUCUUUGUGCAGAGUUCUUUUCUAGAUUCUACAUGUUCUAGUGAGCUUGAUGACCUAUAUAAACAAGAUACAUUUUAUCAUUAGAAGUUUCUUUAUUGAUGUGCAGACAAUAUCUAUGACACAGUCCGUGCAAUAUUACACUUGACAGGAAUAUUUUAUGAAUAUCUUGUCUCAAUUGGUGCUUCAUUUCAAUCAAUUUCCUGCUGUUUCUAUCAUAUGAAACUGCAGCCUUGAAAUGCAUUGCUAGAAGAGGGCACACUGAAAUGGAAAGAUAGUGAAGACAUUUUCAAUUUCAACAUUUUCAAUGUGUUUUGUUCAUUUGCGACUGGAUCAAUGAUAGUUUUGUCAACACCAAAACAAGAAGAAACUCACUGUGCAGUUUAGCCAAAUGAAAGACUUUGAGUUUACUGGAACCCCGUACUGGCUUGAUUGUCUGACUUAUUGGAUCUCACUUUCUCAGAUUGGCAAACCUGAACUUGUUGGCCCUGCAGGUUCUUGUAAAUUUCUGCUGCUUGUUCCUCGUAGGACAACCAAAUUGAAUUUUGGAAUUUGAUGGAACAUUGGAAUCUCUGUUAAAAGUGGAUAUCGUGAUUAUUCGAUGAAAAACGAUAACUUGGACUUCGUUCAAUGCAGAAGCUCAGAUCUUGGUUUGAGUUGAGUUGAUUUCGCCCUGUGCUCUUGUCCUGUUUUGGUGACUUCUCAUACUGACCGCUGCAGAAAAUAACUAAAUGCAUGAAUCGAGGAAUGGAGAGGGGAUCCAGGAAUGCUCUGAAGAAAAAUGUCAGCAACGGCAAUGGUGCCAGAUGGCCAAACAUGGAAAAAUUGACUGCAUACUUGGUCCAUCACGCGUAUGGGAGCUACCAUUCGGGGAGAAUGGAUCUGAUGUCCGACGAAUGCUACCGAUCAAUUAAUCAUUCGGAACGCAUGAUGAAAAAAAUGGAGUCAUAUCUGUGUAAUCGUAAAUUAUGUGACGUUAUACUCGUAACGGGAGCCAAACGUAUAGCCGCGCAUCGUGUGGUGCUUAGUGCGGCGUCAGACUAUUUUGCGGCCAUGUUCACAAAUGACGUAAAAGAGGCAAGUCAGGAGGAAAUAAAAAUGAAAGACGUUGAUUCAGAGGCAUUAGCAUUAUUGGUUCAAUAUAUGUACACAGGAAAAAUCGACCUUAAAGAAGAAACAGUGGAGAGUUUAUUAUCAACAUCCUGCCUGCUCCAGUUAUUAGAGGUCGUUGAGGCAUGCUGUGGAUUCCUUAUGAAACAACUCCAUCCUUCAAAUUGCCUUGGAAUACGGCAUUUCGCCGACGCUCAGGGAUGUGCUGAUUUAUUCAAAGUUGCUAACAAUUAUGUAAUGGAGCAGUUUGUAGAAGUGAUACGAAAUCAAGAAUUCCUACUUCUUCCAUGGGAGGAGGUGGCAAAGUUAUUAGCAAGUGAUGAUCUGAAUGUGCCAAAUGAAGAAACGAUAUUUGAUGCUCUUGUCACUUGGGCAAACCACGAGCCAAGCACAAGAAAACAGAUGUUAUCGAAGUUACUCUGCCAUAUAAAGCUUCCACUCUUAACCCCACAGUUCAUAGCCGACCGAGUUGAGACAGACCCACUAUUCCGGGACGAUCGGGACUGCCAAGAACUCAUCAUGGAAGCCAUGAAAUACCAUCUCUUGCCAGAGCGACGGUUAUCAAUGCAAAGUCCCCGCACCAAGCCGAGGAAGUCCACGGUGGGCAUGUUGUAUGCUGUUGGCGGCAUGGAUUGUGCAAAGGGUAAUACUAGUAUUGAAAAAUAUGAUCUCAGGACGAACACCUGGACUCAGGUAGCAAACAUGAAUGGCCGACGGCUGCAAUUCGGUGUUGCCGUUUUAGACGAUAAACUAUUUGUAGUCGGUGGGAGGGACGGUCUCAAGACUUUAAAUACGGUGGAGUGUUACGAUCCGAAGAAGAAGACAUGGACGUUGAUGCCACCAAUGUCAACACACAGGCAUGGACUAGGUGUUGGAGUGUUAGAGGGACCAAUGUACGCAGUGGGUGGCCAUGAUGGCUGGUCAUACCUGAACACGGUGGAGAGAUGGGACCCCCAGGCUAGACAAUGGAGUUAUGUGGCACCCAUGUCGAUACCGAGGAGUACCGUUGGUGUCUCGGUCUUAGGAAAUAAAUUAUAUGCCGUUGGAGGCAGGGAUGGCAGCUCCUGUUUACGAUCUCUCGAAUGUUAUGAUCCACACACGAAUAAAUGGUCGCUCUGCUCACCGAUGAACAAGCGACGGGGUGGUGUUGGUGUCGCCAUCUGUAACGGCUUCCUGUACGCCUGUGGUGGCCAUGACGCUCCAGCCAGUAAUCCGACAUCCAGUCGAUUCGACUGCGUAGAAAGAUAUGAUCCAAAAACUGACGCGUGGACUCUAGUCUCUUCCAUAAGUUCUCCACGCGAUUCCAUCGGUGUCUGCCUUCUUGGCGACAAACUCUACGCAGUCGGUGGCUACGACGGCAUGCAGUAUCUCAGCGAUGUCGAAUGUUACGACCCACAGAAUAACGAGUGGAGCAAGGUGGGUAUUGACGGGCGACAGGUGUCACCUUUAUGUACUGGCCGUGCUGGUGCAUGUGUCGUCCAAGUGAAGAGCACCUGACUAAGCGACUUGCAAGGGGCAGCCGUCUGGAAGCGAUCACCAACCAUGAUGGCGGCUAUUUCAUCCAGCCCUUUGCAGUCUCCUGAAAUCUCGAAACUCAAGAAAUCUUGCUCACAACCUGCAGUUUCUGUGGCUUAUUAUUCAACACUUUGACAGUAAAGUUGCAUGAGCUUGACCUUGCAACCACAACUAGGCCUCCUUGUAAAGCGAACUUGAAGUUCAAGGUCGUUCACUCAAAGGUCACAUGAUUAUUAAGUACAAUACUUUGAGUAAAUGAUGUUACUGGUGAAGCAAUUUAGACACUUUGCAUUGAGAUCAAGGUCAAGGUCACAAGGGUUUAGCUAAAAUGAGCUUGAAUUGACAUUCCUAUUCCAUUUUGGGUGAAAAAUUUGCAUAAUCUUAUUCCUUUGUGAAGGACAUUUCAUUUUGAGUGGUUUUGAUAUGACCUUUGUAAUCAUUUCCGACCUUUUGAAGGUCAGUAUUCAUUAGGUUUCAUGAAAAUGUAUAAUGUAUUUGUAGACUGUGAGCUUUUGAUGACAAUCAAGGAUUGCCUGUCUUGAGGCCCUUCAAAAGCAGGUGAAAUUUGGUAUAGUAGUUACUCACUUACUAGGGGCACUUCAAAAAUAAGAAAACUGUUUGGCCAGUAAGUUGUCAUCGCAGUGUGAGGCUGCUAAACUUUGUGUCGCAUGCGAAUGUAUGAUGAUGAAAAUUGCUUGUAUGCGAGGGGCGUAAAGUGUUGUAUCGCCACUUCUUCCAUGUUUGCACUGUAUAAUCUUCCCUAAGGUGUCUCUGCCAACCAUGAGUAUUUUCUCAUGCGUUGUAGCUGACUCUUCCUUUGUUGUAUCUGCCAAUCUUCCUGGUAUCAGUUUGUUCUAUUUUUAGAAAUAACAGCAUUAAGGCAUACUCCCCAUGGGAUAAAGGGCCAAGUCUGAUAAUCAUAACGCACAAGAUCAACAAGUGCUCUAAGUAUUUUCUCAACGGUCACACUCUACGUAGUAUAUUGCUUGGAGGUCUGUGUGAUGUCUGUUAUUGCUUCAACAAGCAAAGUUAUAGUUGAAAUAGUGAACAAUAUUGAAAAUUUAUGAGAAAAUUUAGAUAUCUCUGCCUUUGCGAAGUAGAUAUGAGGACACAUUUGAUUGUUCGAUACUCCAAGAAUACCCUGUAGACAUAGCCAGUAAAAGUUUUCCCCAGGUUUUUUAUAGUAUUAGCUAAGUCUCACGUAGUAUGAUCUACAUCUCGCACAUUUUCCAUCUAAUGUCGUCUUUAUGUAUUUCACUGAUGACCACUAUGUGGUAAUGUAUUAAUGUACAUGUAUGGUUUUCAGUCUGUACAUGUACCUGUGCCUGCAUUUCCUGAAGACUAUGUAGGCUGGCUCUCAUGACCAGAGCCAAGUGCUAAAAGUUAGUGUAAUAUUACCUUCCUUGCCAAAUGCUAGCCUGUACAUAUCUGCACCGGGCUUGCUGUAUGAUCUCCUGUAUAUAAUCAUGUUUACAACAAACCUUGAAGCAUAUCUUUUGGAAAAUGACCUUCGUGUCAAGAGUUUUACUGUGUCAUCUGGUUUUGGUCUGUUACCCAACAGUAGGUGGUGUAUUUUCACAGUCCACAAAAAUGUGUAUGGUGGAAAAGGCCCCUUUAUUACCUUUUGGUGGCGCUAUGGUUUUCAUUUCGUUGAAACUCAUUGCAGUAAAAUACUACAUGUAGUGAAAUACAUGUAUAUAUGUAUAGGUCCAUAUGAAGUAAAGAACUGAUUGCUCUUGUUUUAGCUUUAACACAGCAUCAGCAGUUGUUAUCCUCUGUAAGACCUCAUUUAUGUUUGGUUUCAUGGCCCAGCCAUCCAAGCGUAUGAACCAUUUAUUCCCAACUUUUGUAUUUUACUUUGCACUGUGUAAUGACCUAUGAAUAUAUGGCACUAUUUUGCUGAAAAUUGGCACAUUUGAAUAAGUAUACAAUACAAUAAACCCUUUUGUAUAU